GCCGCGCUGAGCGCCCCGCUCCCGCAGGUGCUCCUGGCCGCCGCCGUGUGCACGAAGGCCGGCAAGGCCAUCGUGUCGCGGCAGUUCGUGGAGAUGACCCGCACGCGCAUCGAGGGGCUGCUGGCCGCCUUCCCCAAGCUCAUGAACACCGGCAAGCAGCACACCUUCGUGGAGACGGAGAGCGUGCGCUACGUGUACCAGCCCAUGGAGAAGCUCUACAUGGUGCUCAUCACCACCAAGAACAGCAACAUCCUCGAGGACCUGGAAACGCUGCGGCUCUUCUCGCGCGUGAUCCCCGAGUAUUGCCGAGCUCUGGAGGAGAACGAGAUCUCCGAGCACUGCUUUGACCUGAUAUUCGCCUUUGAUGAAAUCGUGGCGCUGGGCUACCGCGAGAACGUGAACCUGGCGCAGAUCCGGACCUUCACCGAGAUGGACUCGCACGAGGAGAAAGUGUUCCGAGCAGUGCGAGAGACCCAGGAGCGCGAGGCAAAAGCUGAGAUGCGGCGCAAAGCGAAGGAGCUGCAGCAGGCCAGGCGGGAUGCCGAGAGGCAGGGCAAAAAAGCGCCGGGCUUCGGCGGCUUUGGCAGCUCGGCUGUGUCCGGCGGCCCCACCGCGGCCAUGAUCACGGAGACCAUCAUUGAAACAGAGAAGCCCAAAGUGGCGCCUGCGCCUGCCAGGCCCUCAGGUCCUAGCAAAGCUCUGAAACUUGGCGCGAAAGGCAAGGAGGUGGACAACUUUGUGGACAAGCUGAAAUCCGAAGGGGAACAUAUCAUGACCUCCGUCGGCAAGCGCUCCACGGAAGCUGCCAAAGUUCUCGCUCCUCCCGUCAACAUGGAGAGUGUGCACAUGAAGAUAGAAGAAAAAAUCUCCCUGACCUGUGGCCGCGAUGGAGGGUUGCAGAAUAUGGAGCUGCAUGGCAUGAUCGUGCUGCACAUCUCCGAUGAAAAGUUUGCCCGGAUUCGCCUGCAUGUGGAAAACGAAGACAAGAGGGGCGUGCAGUUACAGACGCACCCAAACGUGGACAAGAAGCUCUUCACGGCGGAAUCGCAGAUUGGGUUGAAGAACCCCGAGAAGUCUUUCCCUCUUAACAGCGAUGUGGGCGUGCUCAAGUGGCGGUUGCAGACCACCGAGGAGUCCUUCAUCCCGCUGACCAUUAACUGCUGGCCGUCGGAAAGUGGGAACAGUUGUGACGUCAACAUUGAGUAUGAGCUGCAAGAGGAGAGCCUAGAGCUGAAUGAUGUGAUCAUCACGAUCCCCUUGCCGUCUGGUGUCGGGGCCCCGGUGAUCGGGGAGAUCGAUGGCGAGUAUCGCCACGACAGCCGGAGGAACCUCCUCGAGUGGUGCCUGCCAGUGAUCGAUGCCAAAAACAAGAGUGGCAGCCUGGAGUUCAGCAUAGCCGGGCAGCCCAACGACUUCUUCCCGGUGCAAGUCUCCUUCGUCUCCAAAAAGAACUAUUGCAACAUACAGGUUACCAAAGUGACCCAGGUAGAGGGGAACAGUCCUGUACGGUUUUCCACUGAGACCACCUUCCUGGUGGACAAGUACGAAAUCCUGUAGUGACAGCUGUGGGCAAUCGCAAAGGAAAUUUUUAAAUUAAAAAAAAAAUAAAAGAGGCCGAAGUUUAUUCUGAAUGUCUGGAACGCCGCAGCCCUCUCUGCUAAGACUUGUGGCUCCGUCCGCCAUCGGCAGCGUUCCUGCCUCACAGACAUUUGCGGCAGAGUAUUGACAGGAGCACGGGGGGAAAGGCUGCACAUUUCUUUGGCAGAUUCUCACUGGCCAGCAGAAAAGGGAGCUCUCCGCGGACGACCCGGCUGCGACGCUUGCCCUUCUCCUCGCACGAAGCCGCCCGGAGCUCGGUCCCAGAGCAUCCCAGACAUCAUCAUUCUCAUCCCUUUCUAGGCCUCACACACCCUUCUCUUGUUGGUGCUGCCAUUUGAUUUCUCCUCUGCCUUCAACUUGUGUUUCUGUGGAUGAAAGCAGGCAUUGGGAUAACGUGCACGAGGGCAUUCUGCUUCACUGGACCCUUCCGUCUGGCAGGAGGGGAACAGGUUGGCUCUGAUUCCCAAGGUGGGCGUGUGGCAGGAGUGUGGGGCGGCAGGGAGUCCCGGCUGCCCUGCUCGCUCCCCAUGCCUCUCUGCCACCCUUGGUUGCCCCUUGGGCCCUGCCGUGCUGCGUGGACCUGGGUUUGAGUUCACUGGGGUGUGUGGGGUGCAUCGAGGGGCCCUGGAGGCAGCGGAGGUGGCACCGCUGCCCCUCUGGUUGUGGCCGCGAGGGAAGGGGCACCGAGCAGCAGGGCAGGCUUUGCUGCCGGGGGCAGGUCUCAAAAGGGGCUUCGUUCAUCCAGAACCGUGUGCGUAUCCUGAGUCGAGCCGCCCGUGCUGCUCGGGGAGGUGAGGCCCUCUGCGUGCCGCUGGGUGUGGGGACCGGUCUGUUCCCCUGCCUGCAAGUUGUGCUAGGAGCUGCCUGGAACGAGUGUCUUCUCUCAUCCCUGUGCCCUGGAGGAGGAGGGAAGGGGUAGUUUCCCGAACAUGUGCUGGGCUGGCCUGACCUCCGCGGAGGCUGAAGGGCUCCUGCGCCGGCUGCUUUCCCGGCAGGGCCGGCCCGUCCGCCCGCCCCGCGGCUCUCGGCGGGACUCCGCGUGCGGAGCCGCCGUAGCCCCGCGGCCACUGCCGCUGCUGCUCCCUCCUCACAAGCCCCACAGCCGCGUCCUGCCCCGGCAAGAGCCCGUGCUCGGGGACAGCUCCCGGGACCAUCUGCCAAAGAAGUGAGCAGCCUCCCC